ACUUCCAGUUUGCGUUGAUCUCUCUAUCUCUUUGAUUUUCACAUCAAGUUGGCAUGAUCGAGGGCGUCAGCGACAAUGCAGGUCACAGUCGUAUAGCAACAGAACAUGAACAGGAAGUGAUAAACCGGAAGUCAGCAGCAAGGCGAGAAAACGCUGCUGAUGGAGGAGUGGAACGUGAGGCUGAUGGACGGAUGUCUAGUAGACCUGGGUAUGGAAAGGGGGCGUGGCCCUUCCAGAGUGAUGUGCAGAGGGAGGUGGAGUCGGUUACGAGACUUGUGAAAGACGUUUUGCUUGCUAAACCUGCUCGUUCUGAUGUGGAACAAAGACAAACAGAACUGUUUGUUGAAUUGAUCGACAAAUCAGCAGAGAUGAUGUGCAAGCCUUGGAUGUCAGUACACAGAGACAGAGAGAAAUAUCAGCAGAAGUACAGUGAGCUGCAACAACUCGUCAUUUUGCCAGCUCAUGAUCACACAUCAGGUAAAGUGAGGUCGGGGGUUGAGAUGCAGCAGAGCGAUGAAGAUAAGAGAACGUGUCGUAUUCUUAGUCUGAUUCUGAGGCGGAAACAACUGGAAGCUACUGAAAGACUGACAGCUCUUCACAACCAGUUGUCAAUGUCCACACAUAAGUUUAUGCUCUCAGUCAAAGAGAGACUUAACAAAGUGAAAGUAACACCAGAAACGCAGCAGCAACUGAAAUUGUCCACCAUCCUUUGUCAUUUGAUGAGUCACUUAGACAAUAGACAAGAAAGCUACAAACAAACUGAGACUGCAGUUCAGGCAGCCGAAGCAAAAGAAAAGAAGAAGCUGUUCCUGCAGACAUUCAGGGAGCUACAGAAAGGGGUGGAUGAAUGUGAAGGUCGUCAUUUAGAAGCUGUGUGUGGUCUCGUGAGGCAACAGUGUGUAUCUACUGACGACGAUGUCGCAGUUGCUACACGUCACCUUGUCACCGACGUGUCAGACAGUGGCAACGUGAGGAGUGUCAGAAGGAUCAUAGGACGAGAGGAGAUAAAGGCCAGUUUGGCUCUCUGCAACAAGCUACAUAACAUGCUCAAGCUAGGCAAGAUGCUCAAGUCACAAAACAUGCACGAUCGACACGUCACAUCGACAUUACCUGCUGGGAAGAGGUUGAAAGUGAGACGUCACAUUCAGGCUUUUUGGACUGACUAUGAGAGAGUCCAACAACUUGCCUGUCAACGUGACUCGUUUGCCUCAUCACUGAGAGCACAUGAGAUACGUUAUGAGAUGAGAUUUUGAUAUGCAGAUUUUUGCUUUACGUAGAUGAUACUUGUAAUAUCCUUACUUGAUGACACGCACACACACACACACACACACACACACACACACACACACACACACACACACACACACAUAGUGACACACCCAUGCACACACACAGUGACACACACACUCACUUGCACACAUGCACACACACACACACACACACACACACACACACACACACUGAAAUUGUUUGUGAUAGUGUCAUUUAUAUUCUUUGUCCUGCAUCAUUGACAGAUGCUGUUGCAA